AUGCAACGUUUCGGUGUCGUCGGCCAGUGCCGAUUCGCUGCACGUCGGUUAACGCAGCCUCGGUCUGUCGCGCCGGUAGCAGCGACAGCCCUGAGGGCUUCAUGUCUAUCGCAAAGGACAUUCCAUACAUCUCAUACCGCUCUGUCGAAACCAAAGGGGUCAUUGGGCGUCAACCCGAAUAACUUUGAAGAGCCCACCGAUCUGGCACGCAAGAUAUUCUCCGAGUUCGCUUUUGCAUUUGAUAUCGAUGGCGUUUUGUAUCAGGGUCGUAACAGGGUGGAUGGAGCUGACAAGGUUAUCAAAAUGCUCAGAAGCAAUGGCAUCAGAUACGUCUUCUUGACAAACGGUGGUUGCGUUCCCGAGAGCAAGAAAGAGGAAAGUUUGCAGGAGCGACUACAGAUCCCCAAGCAUGAAGAUGCUAUAAAGGGAAGAAUGAUUCUUUCGCAUACGCCAAUGAGUGGUUGGAGUGAAGAUAUAAAGAACGAUGGCACAAUUCUGAUUACAGGUUCUCAUCCUGAGAAAGCUCGACAGAUUGCUCUUGAUUAUGGCUUCAAGCGCGUCGUCACCCCGGCAGACAUUCUUGCUGAGUGUGGUGAUGUGUUCCCUUUUGAGCAUAUUGAGGGCGAGAUCAACGGCAAACCUGUGCCACUACCUGAUGGCAAGCGGAUCCCUCUGCUCAAAGACCCUUAUAGCACAAACAUCCCCGCAAAUGCCGUAAAGAUUGACCACAUCUUUAUCUGGAACGACCCGAGAGAUUGGUCUGUUGAUAUUCAACUCAUCCACGACUUGUUGAUCUCUCACCAAGGCUACCUCGGCACUGUUUCGAACUUGAACGGAAAUGAGAAGCUACCCAACAAUGGAUGGCAGCAAGAUGGACAGCCCGGGCUGUGGAUUUCCAACCUCGAUCUGCUGUGGAAGACAAACUACCCCGUGAAUCGAUUUGGAACAGGCGCUUUCAUGGAAGCCUUGAAGGGAGUAUGGUCCACGACGACAAACGGAAAGGAACUUGAGUACAGCGCUCUUGGCAAACCUUCCAACCACACCUACAGGUACGCUCACGAAAGGCUACUGCAAUACUACCACGACAUGGCGUGCAACCGCGGCCAGAGCCCUGGGCAUGAUAAGUCCAAGUGCCAUCCUCUCCGCCGCGUCUACAUGAUCGGCGAUAACCCGGAAAGCGAUAUCCGGGGAGCCAGCGAGUUCGAGGCAGAGGACGGAACCGAGUGGGUGCCCAUCCUGGUGCGAACUGGCGUCUGGCGACAGACUGCGACAGAGAAGGAGCCCCGGUACAAGCCGGCCGUCAUCGUAGACGACGUGGUAGAUGCCCUGGUCUGGGCGCUCAACAACGAGGGCAUCAAGGCUGAUAGGGAGUGGGUCUUGUCUGCUCUAUCGCAUACGAAGGGUUACGUUAAGCUGCCGCCGCUGGAGGGUGGCGUGCAUAACGGCGAUCUGGAAGUGGGAGCCAAGUACCCCAGUGAGUUGGAGGCUACUGAAGCGAAGUUGUAG